UUGAAGGUGAAAGACGCGGCAAUGUUCCUUUACUAAUUUGUCAGUUCUUGAUUUCUUGAUUGUUUUCCGGCCAAUAGUAUGUAUAAUGGCCUGUAAAAAUUGAAUCCCACAUGCAAGUCAAAAGUCCUUGGCCUUCCUCUGUUUCUCUCCAUUUUCUGUCCUCCCUCCUCUCUCCUCUCUCUUCCUCAUUUUCUCUCCUGCAAUUUUCUGAUUUCUUAUUCUCCACUCAGCAUUCCUUCCUCACCAACCUCACCCAAUUCUCUUUGUUUUACCUCUCUCUAUCUCAAAGCUUUCACUUUUCAUCAUAUUCAACAUCUACUGUUACUGCUCCUUAGAUUCUCUCUCUCUAUCUCUCCAUCUCUCUGCGUCGCUAUGCAUAUGCUGGUGGACUGUUCAAACUGCCGCACGCCGUUGCAGCUCCCGCCGGGCGCUAAAUCCAUUCGCUGUGCCAUCUGCCACGCCAUCACUCUCAUCGCGGAUCCUCGCUCUGUUCCACCACCCCCACCUUACUCUUCGUCUGCCCACCACAACUACCCGUCCCCGCCUCCCCCUUCAGUGGUUGCUCCGUCUCCGUACAACCACGAGCCGUCGGGUCCUCCUCCUUCUCCCCACGGCAACAAGCGUGCGGUGAUAUGCGGGGUCUCUUAUAAGAACACCAGGAAUGAGCUCAUGGGGUGCGUUAAUGACGCUAAGUGCAUGAAGUACUUGUUGGUUAACAGAUUCAAAUUCCCGGAAUCCUCCAUUGUUAUGCUCACCGAAGAAGAAACCGAUCCUUAUAGGCGCCCAACCAAGCACAACAUGAGAAUGGCAUUGUACUGGUUGGUGCAAGGUUGUAAGCCUGGAGAUUCACUGGUGUUUCACUUUUCUGGCCACGGUUCACAGCAGAGGAAUUACUCGGGGGAUGAGGUGGAUGGAUAUGAUGAAACACUUUGUCCAACUGAUUUUGAAACUCAGGGAAUGAUUGUGGAUGAUGAGAUCAAUGCCACAAUUGUCAGACCUCUUCCUCGUGGGGUUAAGCUUCAUGCAAUUAUCGAUGCUUGCCAUAGUGGCACUGUGUUGGAUUUACCAUUUCUCUGCAGAAUGGACAGGAAUGGGAGGUAUUUCUGGGAGGAUCAUCGCCCUCGAUCAGGAGUAUGGAAAGGAACAAAUGGUGGGGAAGCUAUCUCCUUUAGUGGCUGUGACGAUAAUGAAACCUCUGCUGACACUUCGGCUCUCUCGAAAGUUACUUCAACAGGUGCAAUGACUUACUCUUUCAUCCAAGCUAUUGAGCGUGGACAUGGAACUACAUAUGGGAACAUGUUAAAUGCAAUGCGCUCUACCAUUCGAAAUACAGACAACGGGCUUGAUGGUGGCAUUGUGACAUCUCUUCUCACAAUGCUCUUAACAGGAGGGAGUCUCAGUUCCGGAUUUAGACAGGAACCACAGUUAACAGCCAACGAAACAUUCGAUGUCUAUUCAAAACCUUUUUCUUUGUGACAACUAAAGACAUUGCUCUGCUUUCUACCUUCCGAACAGAUUGAGGAUGUCCCUGUGUACAGUUGAGCAAGAACGGAUUUCAUCGAUUACUAUUUUUUUUUUUUGAACUGCAAAUGCUUAAUUUCAUUUGAAGGCCCCAAAAUUGGGCAUUUAGUUCAACUUGCACUAUGUUGGUCUUAUUCUCUCUGCGGUGAUUAUCAUGACUAUCGUUCUUGUUUAUUUUGUUUCAAUGCAGGGUGAUUUUAUCAUCUUGUUUUACUGAUACAUCUUAUGCAAAGUCAUGAACUAGCUACUGUUCAGAAAUGAAAAAGAACUUUGUUCUUGCUGUAA